AUGGCCCAGAAGCUCGACAUGGCACCUCUGACUAGGGCCAACGACCAGCCGGCCGCAUCCACCUCGACCUCACCUCCGCCAUCCUCAUCAUCAGCUCCAGCGUUCGACUCGACCUCGACCCCGACCAGCGCGCCAAAGAAGGCGCGCAAGCCGCGCAUCGUCCUCGAGGGCACCACCGACGAGAUCCUCGCCCGCAACAACAAGGCCGCAGAGCCGCGCUUUGUCGACAAGCUCUUCUCGACCGCCGGCAAGCAGUGGAACCAGUUCUACAAGCACCACGCCGCCACCCCGUUCUUCAAGGACCGCCACUGGACAUUGCGCGAGUGGCCACAGCUCGCAGCGCUCGGCAACGCGGCGGCGGGCCAUGACGCCGACGAGCUGGGCGACUCGACGAGCGGCAGUCGGGCCAAGGGCAAGGGCAAGGCGGUGCUGGAGGUCGGCUGCGGGACCGGUGCCUUCAUCUAUCCCCUCCUCGAGCAGUACCCGUCGGCUCGCUUUGUCGCCUUCGACUUUGCCAAAAAAGCUGUCGAGCUCACCCUGAGCAACGCCAACCACGAUCCAGUGCACUGCCACAUCUUCCAGCACGAUCUUACUGCGCCUCGAGCCGUCCUCGAUGGCAAGCUUGCCCAGCCGCCGCCAGAAUUCGGCGAGCCCGUCCUCGAGUUCGACUUUGUCUCGGCCGUCUUUGUCCUGUCGGCGCUCGACCCGGCCAAGCAGGCCAAGGCGAUGCAGACGCUCGUGUCGCUCCUCGCGCCCGGCGGCUCCCUCCUCUUCCGCGACUACGCCCUGCACGACGCGGCCCAGCUGCGGUUCCACUCGCUCCCCUCGGCGUCGUACGCCGCCAACCCGUCCCUCCUGUCCGACUCGCUCCCGCUCUACCGCCGCGGCGACAACACGCUCACGUACUUCUUCACGGCCGACGACGUGCGCACGCUCGUCGACGGGGCCGUCGAGGCCGUCAAUGCCGAGCGGAGGAGCGAGGGCAGGAAUGUGGUUGUGCUCGAGGGAGGCGUCGAGGUGGUCGAGCGCGAGAUGCAGAACCGGGCCGAGCAGUGGGGGUGCACGCGCAGGUUCGUGCACGGCAGCUGGAGGAGGGUCCGGUAGCGCAGCUGCAACAGCGUCUCGCCACGAUGUUGCGCUCUC